GACCGCUGAUUGGCUGCGUGUGAGUCCGCCGCGCCAAGGUCUCUCCUCUUGACGCGAGUGGCGCGGCGCUGCGUGGCGGCUCUCAGGCUCUCAGGCUCUCAGGCUCUCAGGAGGAAGCAGCCCACGGACAGAAGGCGUCCACAUUUCAGCACUGGAGCUGUCUGUUACCCACUUUUCCCCCGGGAGGAAGGAGAGAAGUCGGAGAAGGAAGGAGGGGUUGCCAGGUCCUGCCAUGCUGGACGGCCCAGUCUGAGGACACCGAGGAGAUCCAGUCCCAAUCCAGCGUUUUUUGUUUUCUUUUUUUUACCCUUCAACGUCAUGGGCGUGCUCAUGUCCAAGAAGCAGCCGGUGGACAAGGUGCAGAGGUGCACUGCCGUGGUCUCAGCCUUCCAGGCCGGCAUCAAGGAUCGCCCGGCCGUGGUCAAGCCGGCAGACGGAGAAGCAGAGGACGGUAGCGUGCCGGCAAAAACCUCAAGCGGUCCCGAGGAGAAGACCGCCGAGGACGGAGAGGGAGGGGAACCAGAGAGCCCGUCCACCUCCCAGCAGGCUCCUCGGGAGGAGUGCAAGGUCAACCAGGAGUCCUGGUCCAGGUUGCGUGACGGAAAAGGCGUGGAGCCGGAAGAUCUGGAGAAGAGCCACCAGCUCACACCGCCGGCUUUUGUGCGGCCCAAGAGGGACGCCGAUGACGACCAACCUUCGGAGGUGGACUUGGCAAAGAAAGAACAGCCUCCAAGUGAUGAGAUGUGCGACGUAUGUGAGGUGUGGACGGCCGACGACCUGUACCCGUGCAAGAUCUGCACCCGGGUGUUCCAUGACGGCUGCCUGAGUGAGCUGGGCUACCUGCGCGCCGAGGCCCUGCAGGAGAUGCGGGACACGGCUCACACCGACUACUGGUUUAUUGUGUACUUCUUGUAG